CUCUAUUACUCAUGUCUUUAGGUAGUGUUAUACCUAUCCUUAAUUUUUUAUAUUUUAUUGUUUUUCUACGAGUGUUCACUGUUCAGUGUACCAGUGUACGACCAUCGACUAGUGGGCAGUGAGUAGUGAGCACUGUGACUAAAUGAAUAGACGUGAACUUGAUUUAAAAAAUAUGUUCUCAACUUGAACUUUCCUGAAAUUCUUAAAUUAUCAUAAUUCAGUAGUUGUUUAGUACACCCUUUGGUUGUCAUGUAUUAAAUCGACAUUUCCUAACCACCACGAAAAUACAUCAUGAAGACAUCCAACAAUUUCAUUUCCUUUUUGACUGUUUGUCUAGUUUUGGCGAAUAUUGUAUUCGUAUUUGGGUACAUAUCAGAUUUACAAAACGAUAAAACUAAUCGUAUCACUUGGUGUACACUAAAUGUCCAAGAACAAUCAAAAUGUUUAAAUUUAUCUGCAGCUGUCAAUAGAGACAGACAGAGAUUUAACCCCAAAGAUUUCAUGGAACUUAUUUGCAAACAGGGGCUCAAUAGAGAUGACUGUAUGAUGAAGUUAGAUAACAAUGCAGCAGAUAUUUUGAGUUUAGACGCUGGAGAAGUAUUUGUUGGUGGUCGAUAUAAUAGUUUGAUACCAUUAAUGCAACAACUAUUUGAAGAUGGGUCUACUGAAUAUUACUCAGUUGCUUUAAUAAAAAAAAAUACUUUAAAUGACGUGUAUAACCUUGGAAAUUUGAAGGGUAAAAAAGCUUGUUUUGCUGGAGUUGGUACUCAAGCUGGAUGGAAUAUACCAAUAAAUACUCUUAUUUCUAAGGGUUAUAUGAACAUUUUUGAUUGUAAUAACCAUGUGAAAACUACUAUAGAAUUCUUUGGUCACAGUUGUGCUGUAAAUUCAUUACUUGACAAAUACAAUCCAAUGGGUGAUAAUUCUGACCGCUUGUGUAUUUUAUGCGCCAGCAAAGUUUCUGGCCAAAAAUGUACAUCAAACGAUCCAUAUGCUGGUGAUGAGGGAGCAUUCAGAUGUUUGAUUGAAGCUGGUGAUAUUGCAUUUUUACGACACACAACUGUAUUGGAAAUGAUAAAGGAUCCAUCAUUAUUUAGUAAAACCAAAGAAGAAGAUUUAGAACUCUUGUGCGUAGAUGGUUCACGGCGUCCAAUUAGUGAAUUCAGAAACUGUAAUUGGGGGCCAGUACCUACUGAUGCUAUUAUGACGACAUCUGCAAGAUCUUCUUCUACUCGUAAUUCAUACCAAAAAUGGCUACAGAAAGUAGUUGAAUUAUAUGGUAAACCGAAAUCCACACAACUGUUCACAACAACUCCAGACAUCAACUGGAUAGGAGGAUUCAAUCAACCUCAGUCUCAAAUUAACAACAAUUUAAACAAAAGCUUUUAUUUAUUUGAUUCUUCAGCUUAUGACAAUCACCACAAUCUUUUGUUGCAGGAUUCAACAAGAGGCUUAAGACCCUUAGAAGAAGCCCAACAAACAUAUACAAGUUAUUUAGGAAAUGCUAUGGAUGUUGUACUCGGAGUACGUUAUUGUCCUGUUGCCAAAAUGACACUUUGUGUAACAUCUGAACCGGAAAUGGAGAAAUGUUCUAAAAUGAAGUUAGCACUAAAAGUUCAACUUUUGGUUCCUGAAUUACAUUGUUUCCGAGGUUACAGUCAAGUGCAUUGUAUGCAAGCUAUUAGAAAUGGAAAUGCAGAUGUCGCAGUGAUGGAUGCUGGUGAUAUUUAUACUGCUGGAUUGCAUUAUGAUGAAAUACCAUUUAUCACUGAAAUGUAUGAUUUACCCGAACCAGAAUAUUAUGUUGUGGCGGUCGCUAAAGAAGAGGAUCCUAGUACUGAAUUAACAUAUUUAAAAGGAAAAAUGACAUGUCACCCAGGCUUAUAUUCUGGUGGGGGAUGGAUAAUACCAAUGGCAUUUUUGUUGAGUAAUGGUUGGAUACGAAGUUAUGGAUGUGACUCAAUACAAGCUGCUUCCGAAUACUUUAGUAAAUCUUGUGUUCCUGGUGCAUUGAGUAAUGAAUAUAACCCAGGUUUACCUUAUGAUAACCUUUGUCAUCUAUGUAGAGGUGGUAGUUAUCGAUACUGUAAACGCGAUGCUACCGAAGACUUUUAUGGCUACACAGGAGCUUUAAGGUGUUUGGUCGAAGGUGGUGGAAAUGUAGCUUUUGUCAAACAUACCACAGUGUACGAGAAUGUAGAUGGAAAACGCAAGCAGUGGUGGGCAAGGAAUACUUUAAGUUAUGAUUUUGAACUUCUGUGUCCUGAUGGUACUAGAACAUCAAUUGAUGAUUACAAGAGAUGUAGCAUGGGUAAAGUUAAAGCUAAUGCUGUUAUAACUCGUGGUGGUAAUGCGUACAAUCAUACUGAAGUCAUGGCAUUCACCAACCUGUUUAUGGCUGCCCAGCAGUUAUAUGGCAGAAAAACUAUGGAUGAGUUUACUUUUAGCAUGUUUACAUCACCAGAACCAUACAGUGAUCUGAUCUUCCAAGAUGCUACCCAACAGCUUGCAUCUAUCGAUAGUUCAUUAAGACAUUACUCUGAGUGGUUAGGACCAAAUUUCAUGCGAGCACGUCGUCUUGUUGACUGUCGUGCAUCUGGUACUAUAUCAUUACCAUUGGGAAUUAUAACUAUGUUAUUAUCUAUAAUUUUUAUUCACGCUUGGUUAUAGACUUAUUGUGUUCAAUUAUUUUUUUUAAAUUAUGUAAGAAUCUUAUGGGCAUCAUUUAUUGUUUUGAUUGCUCGUUAAUCAUCAUAUUGUGAUCAUUGGUAGAAUCUCAAUCAUAAAAUGCUGUGCAUUAUUUAUUGCCUGCACUUGAUAAUUUUAAAAUUAAAAUGAUCCGUCCAUUUAUUAGUUUUUAAGAUUUUACUGAUAAUACAUAAGACAACAAUGAUAAAAUACAUUACCAUAAUAAUACUGUAAGUGUAUUUCUACAAGUUUAGAUCAAUUUAACAAUGUGUCUAAAAAAUAUUUAUUUUAUAUAUGACCUUUAUUGUAUACUUUUUUAUUUUAUCAAAUUAUAUUAUUGUUUAAUCAUUUAUUUAAAAAUUAAUAUUUUGAAUGCUGUGUAUUAUUUAUAACCUGUACUUGAUAAUAUUGUGAAAUUCAAAUUAUCCGUCCAUUUAUUAUUUUUAAUUUUAAGAUUUUACUGAUAAUACAAUACAAUAUAUUAAUUAUACAAUAAUAAACCUUGAUACUGUAUGUAUAUAUACAAUAUAUAUAUAUUCUACAAAUUUAGAUCAAUUUAACAAUGUGUAAUUAAGUAUAUAUGUUAUGUAUGACCUUUUUUUGUAUAUUUUUUUUUCGUUGAAUCGUUUAAUUAAGGAGUAAUUCUGUUAAAUAAUCCGUCCAUUUUUAUUAAAUUAUAAAUUAUAGAUGAUCAAAUCAAUAUUUUUAUAUAUAAUAUUAUUGUCCAAGUUACUUUAUUUUUGUACGUAUUUUUUUGAAUUUUAUAUAUUUUUCACGCUGAUAAUUUUAUAUUACUAUCAAGAAGUAGAGUUAAUGUUUAAAAUGUAUACUCUUAGACUUUAGUGGCUUAGUUACUUUAUCACGGCUCAAAAAGUUAUCAACAUGUUUUGUUUGAGUUGUAGACACAUUUUGUUAUGGUAAUAUUGUAUCCACUAAUUCUAUAUUAUAGCAUCUGAUUAUUUAUUAUCAUGUAAUGUACACCUAUUACAAUUAAAUAAAUAUAAUAUAUGCUUUACAUUACCUUAAAA